AAAUCUGAAUCAUCUGGAUGCGUUAGGUAACAUAGCCGAUCCCGAUCAGCCUUAAUUCUCCCACAUUGAACGUAUACACGCAUCGUAUGAUUUCUAUAAACUUUGCGUGGGUUUCUACACACACACAUGAAUUUUGCAGUCAGUAAACGGAUAAAUUAUCGGAAGAAGAAGCUCUUACUGAGAAACAGUGUCAAAUUAUCACUGAAGAAAAAGACGACAGCUUAAAUGGAAGACUCCGGUGCUUUGAUCCCGGUGAUAGAUUUUGAUCAUCUCGGCUUGCAAAGGGAAAGCAAAAACAUUGACAAAACAGAACUGAAAAAUGUAGGAGGUCUUAUGAAAGAUGCUUUUACUAGAGUAGGUUUUUGCUAUUUGAAGAAUCAUGGAAUUGACCAGGAUUUGGUGGAUAAAUAUUUGGAUAUUUCACGGGAAUUUUUUAGCCAAUCAGUGGAAGAGAAGAUGAAACAUGUCCGAGGGACUGAAAAAAAUUUUGGUUGGGUUGCUGUUGAGAGGGAAAAAUUAAAUCCAGAAAGACCUGGUGACCUAAAGGAAGCAUUUAAUUAUCACCCUGCGGAUGACCCAAACGACUGGCCAACAGCGGAAUUUCAGCAAGCAAGUAGAGAGAUGUUUUUGCGAUGUACUGAACUUUCACAUCGGGUGUGUGAUGCACUCUCGGUUGGGCUUGGUCUUGGAGAAAACUUUAUGAGGAAUGCACAUAAGUCUGUCGGUAAGAAAGAAAAUUCAACAACAAUACGCAGUUUGUACUACCCACCGAUUUCGCAAGAUUCAAAUAUAAAGCCUGGUCAGAUACGACUUGGGGAACAUUCCGACUAUGGGACAAUAACGUUAUUAUUUCAAGAUGAUAUUGGUGGACUCGAGGUUGAAAUUCCAGGGAAAGGAUUCGUACCCGCUACUCCGAUACCAGGAACCAUUGUUGUCAAUAUUGGUGAUCUCAUGCAAAGAUGGACGGCCGACACAAUGGUUGCCACUAAACACAGAGUGCUCAUUCCAGAGGUAGAGUUUAAGAAAAGGAAACCGCGACAGUCGGUGGUUUUCUUUGUUCAUCCUGAUGAUGAUUACAUGGUAGAAUGUCUGGACGGAUCAAGAAAGUACGAACCCAUCUCCAGUCUCGAUUACCUGAACUAUAGGUUCAGUGUAACGUAUUGAGUUUUAAGAGGUCUUGGUGCAUUCAGAUCGGUUCAUUUUCUGGACUGCUUUAUUUAAUCAGGUUUUAUAUAAAUUGAUUAUGAGAUAUGAUUAUAUACGAGUCUGUUAAACACAUAUAAUUGAUUAUCAAAUUGACACUCUAAUUUUAUGUAUUCAUUUAUUAAUAGGCAGAUCAUCGUUUUCGUUUUUUGACAAAGAACUUUGCAAUACACUAUGUCAUGUAUUAUAAAUUCUUCAUUUUUUGCACCCUCUCAAGUAUAAAAUAGUGACGACUUUUAUUGAAGUGUUUACAACAUAUGUAAUGUGUUUGUACAAUAUGAAAAAUAAAGCAACGAAUACAACAAAAGCA